CCAAACACAGUGGAGGCGCGAGACGAGAAGCGUUCAAAAGUCUUCUCUAAAAGUCGUCUUAAUGGACAGUUAUUGAAUAAAGUUAACAUUAACUAUGCCUUAGCCCCGCGUUAGAAAGGGCUCUGCGUGCUGCUGCUGCCAUGACACAGUCAGUCGUUGUCCAAGUUGGACAGUGUGGAAACCAGGUCGGCUGCAGGUUCUGGGACCUCGCUCUGCGAGAACACGCCCACGUCAAUAAAAAAGGAUUGUAUGAUGAGGCACUGGGUAGCUUUUUCCGAAACGUGGACUCAAGGGAGAGGGAUGGGGGAGCCUGUGCUGUUGGUGGGAGGAUCCAGCAUCUGAAGGCCAGGGCGGUGCUGGUGGACAUGGAGGAGGGUGUGGUCAACGAGAUCCUGCAGGGCCCAUUGAGAGAAGUGUUCGACAGCACCCAGCUCCUCACGGACGUGUCGGGUUCAGGCAACAACUGGGCAGUCGGAUACCUGACGUAUGGCUCAGCCUACAGGGAGCAGAUAGUGGACAAGCUGAGGAAGGCAGCGGAACACUGCGACUGUCUGCAGUGCUUCUUUCUCAUUCACUCUAUGGGAGGAGGUACGGGCUCCGGCCUGGGGACCAGGGUGCUGAGCCUGCUGGAGGAGGAGUUCCCCGAGGUGUGUCGCAUCGUCUCCUCCAUCUAUCCGUCCGCAGAGGACGACGUCGUCACCUCCCCCUACAACAGCGUCCUGGCCAUGAGGGAGCUCACGGAGCACGCCGACUGUGUCCUGCCCGUCGAAAACCAAUCGUUGGUGGACAUUGUGAACAAGAUCAGACAGAUGUCUCACGGUGGGAGGCCGGGGUCGGCCAUCAAGAGAGACAGCGCCGUCAUCUCCGGGCAGGGCGGGCUCAGCGGGGCAGAGAAGCCCUUCGAUGCCAUGAAUAAUAUCGUGGCUAACCUGUUGCUCAACAUCACCAGCUCGGCUCGUUUCGACGGAUCCCUCAACAUGGACCUGAACGAGAUCGCCAUGAACCUGGUGCCCUUCCCUCGGCUGCACUACCUGGUGCCCAGCCUCACCCCUCUGUACACGCUGGCCGAUGUCAGUGUCCCCACCAGAAGACUGGAUCAGAUGUUCAGCGAUGCCUUCAGCAAAGACCACCAGCUGAUCCGAGCCGACCCGAGGCGCAGCCUCUACCUGGCCUGCGCCCUCAUGGUCCGGGGCAACGUGCAGGUGUCUGACGUCCGCAGGAACAUCGAGAGACUGAAGCCUUCGCUGCCCUUUGUCUCGUGGAACCAGGAGGGCUGGAAGACGGGCCUGUGUUCGGUGCCUCCUGUGGGUCACGCCCACUCCCUGCUGGCCCUGGCCAACAACACCUGUGUGAAGCUCACCUUCAUGGAGCUGAGGGAACGUUUCACCAAGCUCUACAGGAAGAAGGCUCACCUCCACCACUACCUGCAUGUGGACGGGAUGGAGCAGAGCUUCUUCUCGGAGGCUGUGGGCUCACUGAGCUCGCUGAUUGAAGAGUACCACCAUCUGGAUGCCACCAAGGGGAGACUCGUGCCCGACGCACCCAGACUCGGCAUCGCCAGCUGAAGCUUCCGCUCUGUUUCCGCCACAGCAGGGAUCACGUCCCAGCGCCUGUGUCUCGGUUGGAUCCGUCAGAGUAACCGCAGGUCAGAGAACAUGUCGUCUGGAUCGGUGCACUUCCUCUGGCACACGCAGGACGUGAUCCACUGCAUCUUCCACUGUGUGUUGGAGCCCGCCUUGCACGUGAAGUUGACUUUGAUCAUGCUCGACUUGUUGGGGACACAGCAGUGCUUGUCCGUACAGACGCCACAGUACGUGGGCUUGAACUUCUUGGUGCUGGUGCAGCCCGAGAGCGUCAGCUUCUCCGCUUUCUUCGCUUGGAACUUAGGCCGGCACGUCUUUCCCUUUGGCAUCUGAGAGGAGAAAACAGCGAAUUUUGUUUGUGUAUAUUUUUUGGAGGAUCUCUAAUAAAUCAACACUUCAAUAGAAUUUUGACAAACUUGUCACCUUAACACUCCUCAUCACGCUCUUCUCACACGGCCGCAGCAGACACAGGCGUUGGUCCUUCCUCAUCUCGCACUUGCCGUUGUCGUUGUCGACGCGCACCGAGAUGCCCAGGCCGCAGGUUUUGGAGCAGGGGCUCCAGGGCGUGGUCUGGAUCAGACAGUUCUUCUUCCAGGCUAAAGGAGGAUCCCUGUAAGCUUUCAGUUUUACAGUUAAAGGGCACUGUGUCAGCAACACCCCGUGCAAAGAACUAUGUGCCACCGUACUGCCAAGCAGUGCAUAGGCCCCACAUACCUAACCCUCCAAGGAAAUUCACCAAAACUUUAAAUUCCUUUAGAGCUGUGCUUACUGUACACGAGUUAAGAAGAAUGAGUAGAGUAGAAAGGGGCAUUUAGCAGAACUGAAACUGUAUUUCUGUUUCCUUGUGAGUAUGUCAGCUCUUAGAUUUUAAAUCUAAACAAUGUGCUCUGUUCAUCCAGUGAGAAAUGAAAUGUUUGUUUCCACGACAGGUCAUGAUAUAGAUAUGUUUCUGCAAGAGUUUCAUGCAAACCAAUGACUGGUACAUCAAAGUAGAAUGUACUGUGCUUUUAAUAAAAACAGGCAGUCGUCCCUCGUGCUGCUCAUAACUGGAACCAUCCAUCUUUCUGUUUAGCAAUGACACGCACACUCCCCUUUCCCCCCCAACCAGCUAACUCAGACAGCAAUUAGCAUUCCAGGCCAGACGCUUGUGCACAGGUUUGCUCCAUAAACACACACCUGACAUGUAGGUCGUGUCCUGCUGGUGCUUCUUCGGGCUCUGGCCACUGCGAAGGCCGGCUGGCAUGCUGCCCAUCAGCGGCGCGGGGCCCAGGAGAGCAGCAGGCUUCUGGAUGAAAGCGGGGGUGCAGCCGAUGGCUCCAGCAAUACAAGUGCACUUAUAGAGGGGGCUGGGCUGGAAUCCUUCUCCGUUCUCAUAGUGGGCCCCAUUCAGGUCGCAGCCUACUGCCAUCAGGUCUGACAGAGUGAGGGGAAACAUGUCACAGCUCAGGCAGCGCAACUCUCUUCAUGACGUUAAUGGGAAUCUAAAAUGUGUGAGAUUUGUACAUAACUUUUAUUUGGUCACACAAUUAUGUUGACAAACUAAAUAUUAAAAAAUACAAUCUGGCAUUAAUGUAUUUACAAAAAUGUACUCAUUCAUACAAUAAAAGUUUGGCAAUGUGUAUACAUUAAUUAAUACG